UAUGUCUACAAAUUUGCGUAAAACAUGUUUAAAGUUGUUAAAAUUUGGUUAUCGCCAACCAUGGCCUUGUUGUUCCAUAGUCCACGGUCACUUGGACUUUGUACCUCAACCUCAUUAUUUAUAGACAGCUGACAUACUUAUUUAAAGCAUUAUCUCCGAUUAAGGUCAACUUUUAAUUAUGGCUUGGAGAUUAUUUUAUAAGUAAUUAUGCUAG